GGAUAGAGAAGAAGAGCCCGGAAGCGCUCGACGCGAUGCGGAAGGCCGGCCGGCUCGCCAGCGCGGCCCUGGACCUGGCGGGGGAGAUGAUAGUCCCGGGACGCACCACGGAGGAGAUGGACCGGGAGCUUCACAGGUUCAUGGUCGACAAUGGGGCGUACCCCAGCGACCUUCAGUACAAGGGCUUCCCCAAGAGUGUCAUGAUCAGCGUGAAUGAGGUCAUCUGCCACGGCAUUCCAGACGACCGCGAGAUGCAGAGCGGUGACUUGGUGAACGUCGACAUUACUCUGUACUUGAACGGCUUCCACGCGGAUACAGCGCGCACUUGGGUCUGUGGCCAGGGCGACCCCGACGGGAUCCGCCUGGUGGAUGCCACGAGGGAGGCCCUGCAGGCUGCCGUGGCAUGCUGUCGCGACGGCGCCCAGUUCCGCGAGAUAGGUGACGCCGUGUCCACCAUCGCCGAGCGAGAGCAGUUCAGCGUGGUGCGGAACCUGGUGGGCCAUGGCAUUGGCGAGUUCUUUCACGGGGUGCCGCAGGUCUUCCACAGCCGCAAUAGCGACCGGCGGAAGAUGGAGGCGGGCGUGACCUUCACCAUCGAGCCGG